CGAGCCUCAUCACCACCAAAGAUGUCGAUCAGCGAGUUGCCAAAUGAAAUUCAUGACAAGAUAUUCACUUACGUCGCGCAGGAUGAAGAUGACCUCCAAGAUCCGAUCUGGAGCUUAGCAAGUAUCUCCAGAACCUCGAGUCGUUUUCAUCACUCCGCUGAGCCACUUCUCUACUUAACAUUCGAGGAAUUUAACGAAAGAUCUCUUCUUAAAUAUCUUGGAACUAUCUUAGAAUGUCCACAUCUCGCUGCCCACGUUAGGCAAUACCAGGGAUGGCACAAACCCAAGACCUUCACCAAAUACUCUGUCAACAACUUAUUCUUCUCUGGUUGGAAUGUGCAGAAAACUUUUUUGCGAAGUAUUCUUCACGGGAUUGCAUCCGACGACCGGGAAGCGCAGGACUGGGUCGAAGCUAUCGAGGAAGGAUCCUGGGAUGCAACGACAGCAUUAGCUCUUGCACAUCUGCCCAAUCUUCAACACCUCCACCUUGCAAUCAUAGGCAUCCAUCGGCCUAUCAGCAUUUUUCAAGUAGACCACCAAGUCGGGAACUACUAUUGGGUUAGGGAAACAUUGAUGCGAGCUGCCCAGUUGCAACACCAAGGAAUAUCGUCGCCGCUAUCUCUCGAACACAUGACGACGCUUACACUCGUGCCAAACCGGGAAGGUAGCCGAGAACUCUCGGCGUCCCAACUACUGCCGUUAUUAAAGCUGAAAUCCAUGAGAAAGCUGGUUGCAAGAGGGUGGGAUCUCCGCUGGGGGAUAAUCGACAGGGUUGACACGACCAUUAUCGAACUGGAGCUCCUGAACUUCAAUCUGAAGGAAACCUUCUUCACACCGUUCUUCGAGUGCUUUCCAGCCCUCGAGAAGCUGCAUUGUGAGCAUUUACAUGAAGGAGACAUCAGCCCCAGCCAACUGAUAAUGAUGUCCCUGGCGCAUACGCUCAUUCAACUACGACCCCCGCUAAGAGAGCUUCAUGUCAAGAACGGGAGCGGGUGUGGUGAUCGAGACAAUCUUGGUGAUAUGUCAAUGAUAAAGUCUUUUUCAGGAUUCGAAAACCUCGAGGUUAUUGACAUAUUGGCUUACGAUCAAUGGAUUCGUUGGGUAUUUGUAGAUCAUGGAAAACAUCAGCUUGCGCCUUUAGUUGCGUUGUUGCCGGGCUCGAUAAAGCGGCUUGCCUUGAGGAACGCUUCGACUUGGACUAUUGAGCACGUAAUGGGACUCUUGCAGCAUAAGGAUAGGGUUCCUAAUCUAAAACUUCUGGUGAUAGGAUUUGUUCGGUGGUUCCACUUGAAUGAGGCAGCUGGAGAAUUGGGGCUUUUGUUGGAAACAGGUUCUCGAUGCGGAAUUGAAAUAUUGGUUGAAGGGGGAAUAAUUAUGUGUCCAGAUACAGUAGAGGUAGACUACGACCCCUACCCGCUUUAAAAAGUAAUGUUGAUAACACCCGUCAAAACUUUAUGAAAACCUACAACUAUAGCGAAAA